GAUCUGGCAACGCUGCCAGUUGAUGCAACACAUUUUUUUUUUGUUUUGAAUAUUAAAUUAACCGUGAAUUCUGAGGCUCCUUGCACUGCCCAGAUAUCGGUCACGAAUAUAGUGAUCCAUAUUCACAACUUUCCACCCACUUCCGGUUUCAAUUCGGCCCCCCCAAAAUUCGCCAUCGCCCAGAACGCCGCCAAUGAAAUCCCACAAGUGAAUCAAUCGCAAAGCAUCCAAAUCAGUCGCGUGCGUGAUUCGUACGAUAUCGGUCGUUAUAUAGCCGCCAUAUAAUCGGACCAAGAUGAGCGGGACCCACAAGGAGCACAAGUACACCAAGUUCAGGUACUACAUGGAGAAGUGCUACGUGCUGCCGCUGGAGCUGAAAAACGACAUCAUCUACUGCCAGCGUGCGCUGCGCGACUUCCUCAAGGUCCACGGGUUGGUCUCGGAUGUCUUCAAGGAGCAGGCGGAUGCGGAUCCCGUGCAGAUGCGCCGCAUCUUGGACGAACUGGAGGAGGAGGUGUACGAGAUCAAUGGCGAGCAGCAGUUCCUGCUGAUGCGUCUGAACGACGAUCUGGAGGGAUUCUGCAUUAAGCUGAAGGAGAACAACAUUGCCUCCCUGCCGGAAAUGGCCAAUGAGUACGUUUCCGCCCAGAUAGUGCCUUUGAUCGCCGAUCCCAACUACAAGAUCACUCCGCAAUCGGUGAUGGCUCGGGACAACGAGGAGAUGCUCAUCCGCAAGCACUUCCUUCUGAGCCAGGACGACGAUGCCGGUGUGCCGCCGCUGAAGCUCAGCGAACUGGACGAGAAUAUACCGCUGAUGCUGGCUCCGCCAGUUAGGGGAUUGGGUCAGCAGAUCGCCGCCGUUCAGCCGCAGGUGAAUUGGCCCAAAGUCGAGGAGGCACCAGCGCGGUCGCUGGAUUCGACGGCGCCCAAGCGGAGGAAUAUCACCUGCAGCUCACCGCCGCCCUUGGCGCCCAUAACGAAAACAGUAGUGGCUGCGGUGCCAUUAGUACCUCCAGCACAAUCACAAAAUCCUCCAAUGGACUUUGAGGUUGUGGCGCAGAGCCGCAAGAACUUGCAUCAGGCAUUGAAAAGGGCCAGAAAGACGAAACAGCAACCCCGUUUGUUCGACGAAGAAGAGGAUAUGGAGAUCACCAGUUUGGAGAACAGUCGCAAGAACAAGACCAGCGAGGGCAGGAAAACACCGCCAUCGCUCGAGCUAACAAAUGCUGCCACCAAUCAGGCAGCCAAUGCUUUGGCCAAGAAAUCCGUGCCACAAAUGCCUAGUCAGGGGACGGCGAAAAACAAUUCUGUGAAGACUAGAAACACGAGCAGAAAAUCUUCGCCAACGCCCACAUCCAAUACACAGCCGCAGCCAGCGGGUUCGCCGUCCGGCAGCUCCGAUGAUUCCAGUGCUGAACUGCAGCAGGAGCAGCAAAGGCUCUUCGCAUCCGCCGCCCAGUGGCGGGAUGAGCCGCGCGAGAGCCGCACCCUGCCGACGGAAUACGGCCAGGAGACGUUCCUAGGCCUCUUUGGCCUCUACACGCCGGAAGUGCUCAAGAAGCUGAACCAACGUCACUCGAAGCGCAAGCGUCGCACCGUUCAGAAUGCCAGCGGUGUGGAUUUCCAUUAUGGCCAGCAGUUGAAUGCCAUGGACACGUUGGUACUGGGCGUUCGUGGUCACAAAAAAACCAAGGAGAAGUCUGAAUUCUUGCUGUCGCCGAAUGAGAAGCGGCUGCAGGCAAACUCCAAGAGGGCGUACACACGCAAGAGCAAGUCGCCGGACAAGGUUACGGACAAGAGCAGCGCAGCCGGAGGUUCUGUCGCGUCGGGAACUGCGGUCUCACCCUGUCAGCAUGGAGAUGGCGGCGCCUCCAAGUGCCGAAAGUGCCGCGAGUGCAGGGAAUGCAAACGGCGUGUGGAGCCCGAAGCGAUGUACUGCCACUUAUGCAGCGGAUUUUACCACAUGGACUGCCACGAGGCCACCAAAAAUCGCCAGCAAAUCCAGCUGCAGAAUUCUCGCUGUCCGCCAUGCUUGCGGGAGCAAGAUAAGCUGGAGAAGUAGAGUGAUACCAAGUAGACAGGAUGUCAGGUUUUCACAAUGGAAUGUGAAUUCUUGGAUGAUUUAGUUGCCUCCUCAGUCCACUGGACAUGGGCAUUUAUUAGACGCCUCCCUUUGCUCCUUGUUGUGGCUCCGCCAGUUGAAAGUUUUACGUUCGGCUUAUAUACAUUUUUUCUAUUUCUUGAGCAAGGACGAGGGAUAAUAUUGAAUUUAAUUUUUUUUCCUGCACUUUCAAAUUAAAGUUAAAGUCUUAGUUAAGUUUGUAUAUGCAUGUGCAUACCCAAAAGUGAUUUAAUUAAAUAUAUGAAUAUUA